UGUGAAUCAAAUAAUUACCUUACCAGAUGGCAGUUUUAAUAAAGGUAAUUUAAUUGGAUAAUCUUAUUCCGAUUUGAAAACAGCCGGGAAGACGGAAGUUGCCUUUAAGGCUUUAUUUGGAACUUUUGAAUGACAUAAGCUGUGACAAUGGAUACAAAGUUAACUUUCCUGGCAGCUUUUGAUGACUUAAUGAGGAAUGCCAAGGUUCUUCAAGUUGGAAUUGAGCCAGAAUUUAGAAGAUUUGUCGGAAAUCAACAAGAAUGUCAAAGAAAAUGGAGAGAUGCUGAGACUGAGCUGGACAGAAUAAAGGAAAAAGUUAAAGCAUUAGAGGAAGAAAAUAGUUUAUUAAAAACUAAGCUUAGACAUGCACAUGUUCAGAUUGAAAGAGAGGCUGAUGAAAGGAGGAGGAUUGAGCAUAAUAAACUAGAAUUGGACCAGCAGAUUGGACUGGUAAGGGAAUUGUUGUGUGAUAAAAAUAGUAAAAGUAUGUUGCAUGACCAAGACAGAGAGAGACUUGCUUUCCUCAAUACCUUUACACAACAGAAAUCAAGGCUAGACACUUCACCUUCUAGGAGAUUAAACACAAUAAAUGAGUCAACACAUUCUAUUCUGUCUGACUCUGAUUAUGACAAGACAGAAGAUGAUUUACAAUCAACAUAUCUCCGUAGUGGUCGAAAAUACAAACGGCCUUCAGCACCACCUAUGGAGGAAGCUGAACCAAAAAGACGAAGAAGUGAUGAAGAGAAGGAAAGUUCUUUGAUCACAACAACAACAGUGACACUAGAUGCAGUAGGUAAACCAAUAGCUGCCACAACCAAUGUUACUUCUGGUCCUCAAAGGAAACUAAACAAAAGUUUUAGUGAACCAGCUCUUGACAAGUAUGGUUCCCCAGCAACAAGAAUGGCAGAUAGUGAACCUGAAUCUGAUGAUUCUUGUUAUGCUACACCAGGCAAUAGGAAUAACAACAGACGUAAAUCCAGAAGUCGGAGAGGAACAUCAACAGCAGAUACUCCAGGAAUGAGAAAAGCUCUAUCUGCUAGUAAAGGUCUAAAUAGAGUACAUUUCUUCAUAUCAAAAACAGUCAUUAAACCAGAAACCUGUACACCAUGUGGUAAGAGAAUAGGGUUUGGAAGAAUGGCAAUGAAGUGUAAAGAUUGUAGAGCUUCCUGUCAUCCUGAUUGUAAAGACAGUUUACCACUUCCUUGUAUACCUACAGCACCUAGUACACCUGGGGGUACUAAAUUAAGUGGAGGUUUAAUAUCUGACUACACACCAUUAGAUCCACCAUAUAUACCAGGAAUAGUUGUACACUGUGUAAAUGAAGUAGAAGCUAGAGGCCUGAGUGAAAUUGGUUUAUAUAGAGUGCCUGGGUCUGACAGCCAAGUUAAAGAGUUAAAGAAAGAUUUCUUCAAAGGAAAGGGUAUUCCAAAUCUGUCACAUAUAGAUGAUAUACAUGUAAUAUGUGGUUGCAUCAAAGAUUUUCUUCGAGGAUUGAAAGAACCUCUAGUCACAUAUGGCCUUUGGAAAGACUUUGUGCAUGCAGCAGAGAACAGAGAUAAAUGUAUGGGUGAAUCAGAGGUCUACCAAGCUAUUAGUAAAUUGCCAACACCAAACAGAGACACAUUAGCAUUCCUUAUACUACAUCUUAUACGGGUAUCUGAGUGUAAAGAGUGUAAGAUGCCUGCUGGUAACCUUGCUAAAGUGUUUGGGCCAACAGUCAUUGGAUAUUCAGUACCAGAUCCAGAACCAUUACAGAUGAUUAAUGAAACUAAAUACCAAGCAAUGGUGAUGGACAAGUUUUUUGAGGUUCCAGAGAGUUACUGGGAGAAGUUCUUGAACAUUGAUGAAGAAAAUUUAUAUCCAAACACCUACAAUACUCCAAAGACACCAGAUGUUCCAAAGAGCUAUCUUGGGCCAAUUCAUACACCAGAGACAUAUGAAAAUAAGAGCAAGACCUGGGGAAAGAAUGCAAUGACUCCACGCUCAUCCAGCAAAUUUAAUACAUUUGGCUCACCAAGAUUUGGCAACAAGAGUAGACAAGUGAACAAAAAGCCUAGCCAUUUCUUCUCUUCACCCAUGCUGAAUUAGUGUUCCUAUAUCACCAUGCUACAAAACAGUCAAUAAUCAUGAUACUGAUUCUUACAUCUAUGGCGAUGAACUUAUAUGCUAAUAAUUUUACAUUUCAUCACUGGAUUAACUAUUGUGUUUUGUAUAUAUUUUUGUAUAUACAAUAUUUUACAUUAUGUUUUUGUAGACAUUUUUUGACUCAAUAUUUGAAAAAAAUCAGUUAAAGGGUGACUUCUGAUUCUAGCUUGAUUUCCUUAUAUAUUAAGGUGAUAAAAGACAUAUAAAUGGUUAAAGCAAUAAUUGAUAUAAUACCCCUUCUUCAAGUUCUUGAUUAAAGCUACUUGGAACUGAAAUAUAUGUUUUUUUAGCAAAUUUUUGAAUUCAUAGGAAAAAAUUAUAUCGAUUUUAAGGUUAAAAACAAUACAUAAGUUUACAUGAUAUUAACUCUACAUACACUAUCUGAUUUCUCCCAUUUAUUCAUGUCAAAUGAAAUCCUUUCUACCUCAAAUUUAGAUUGUAUAUUGAUCAGGUCUCUCCUAUGAUAUAACUAAACUUUUUAAUCUAAAAAGUUAAUAAAUUAAAUAAUUAAAAGAGAUGUAUUACAUUAUAAAAUUGAUCUUUUUCUACCAUUUUACAUUUUUAAAAAGUUUUUAGAUUAGCGAUAUAUUGACAAGAAUAAAUAUAUAUAUAAAUACACUUUUGACUACAAUUGACAUGCUUGUAUACAUUACUUUCAUUGCACUCGAGAUCUAAAUAUUCAUCGGAUGUGACUGUGUAUAAAUAACCAUUAGCUUUCAUUCCUCAUAACUCUGGUGCUAUAUCCAUGGUAUGUAUAUAAUAGGUCCAAUUGUACAUAAGGUCUGUAGAAAGUGUAAAUAAUGUGUUGUCAAUGGUGUAUGUAAUCUUUUUUUUUAAAGAUAUUCAAAGCUAUAUGUACAUGUAGGUUUGUGUUUUAUGUUAUUUUUAAAGUUUUAUUAGAUAAGUCUCACUUAUUUGGGAUGAAAUUAGGUUUGUAUAACUUACAAUGUGACGACCAUUACAGAAUGUUAGAACUUAGCAAUAGUCAAUGCUUUGCAUAAGGUAUGGACAAAGUGUUUGUAGGAGAACAUGUUUUCUACAAGGCUAACACAAAUUAACUACUUUGUAUUCAUAAAUUUUGAAUAUUUUUUUAUUUCAUUGGUUAAUUUAAAGCUACAAUGUGGUCUUAACUAAAAACAAGGUAUUUCCUUUUCUAUGCCUUAAAGCUUAUUAGAAGAAGUAACAAAAUUUACAAUUCAAAUUUCAGACCCAUUACAUAAGUCAAACAACAAUCAAUAUUGUUCAUGGCCAAAGGAACUGAUAUGAAAAUUAGUGGAUGUGGUAUGAUUGCCACUGAGACAACUCUCCAACAGAGUCCAAAUAGCUUAGAAGUUUACAACUAUGAUUUGAGGGCAGAACUUCAACAAUAAGCAAAUCCCAUACCUGAGGGUAUACCGUUUUGGUAUCAGCCAUGAAUAUUAAAUAACAAAUAUAAUAUGUGCUGUUGUUUCAAACACCAGAACAUAAUAAUUUGUUGGAAAAUUCUGCAAAACUUAGAUAAUGAUAAGGAUGUCAUCUUGUGGAAAAGAAAAUAUUUAGAGUGUAUUACCAAAUAGAACUUUGAAUACUAGAUUUUGAAUUGGUAGUAAAAUUGACAGUGAAAAACAGUGUAUGUUUUAUGAAUAUCUUUCAGAAAAUUGUAAUUCCUAUAUUUGAUGUUUUUAUUAGUUAUAUUUAGUACUUUUAACCUUUUAGUUGUUAUCCUUAUUUUUCAGUUUCUUUUAUCUGAAUCUCUAGAAAUAUAUCUGAAUACAACUUUUUAAGAUGA